AUGGCUGAUCCUUCGGCCCCUCCGCCAACACCAACACCACCAACACCGUCACCUUUCAACUACAUCCUCUCUUUCCUCCUUGUCGGCAUCUGCUGGGGCUUCACGACGCCCUUCAUCCGCAAAGCAGCCGUCAAUUACACGCCGCCAUCGCAUCGGUCAAUCACCGACCCCAACCGGUCCUGGAUAUCGAGGCAGAUCGCCAAAGCCUUCUUCACCGUCAUCGGGCUGCUGCGGAGUCCUGGAUACGCGGUGCCCCUCCUACUCAAUUUGACCGGGAGUAUCUGGUUCUUUCUGCUGGUCGGGCAAGCAGAACUCUCCCUCACGGUCCCCAUCACAAAUUCACUAGCAUUCCUGUUCACUGUGCUCGGCGAAUGGUAUGCUGAAGGCAAGCUCAUCACGAAGGAUACUUUGCUCGGGAUGAUCUUCGUUUGCGCCGGCAUUGGACUCUGUGUAUGGUCAAAGACCUGA